AGAAAAGGAGCGUCUUAUGUUGCUCAUACGCAUCUAUUUGACUGCCUUGGUACAACUGGGACACCAUACGCACGGUUGGGUCUCCACCUCUUCAGGUGCGUAGAUGUGACACACCUGUACUGGCACCAGUAAAACCAGACCGCUGGCACCACUUCACGCCUGUCAGCUCCAAGCAAUCAGCUUCCCAGAUAUGUCGGAGCUUUAUCGAGAUUGUCAUUUAACAUGGUCUGAUUUACAUUACGCGCGAUGAAUGUCACAUGGGGCUUGCUGACGGUUUUGAGUCUGGUGUGCCACACCGAGUCGAGGUGCUCACCGACCUCUUACUAUAAGAACUGCUGGAUUCGACGUUUUCCUGGGAUUUUCAUCGACAUCGAGGAGUCUCAAAGGAGAGGAGCGCAGCUUUUGAAGUUUUACCAGGAGGAGACGGCGCUGAAAUGCAGCCGCACCUGUUGCCUAACGAGAAACUUUUCCUGCAAUCUGGCCAUAUUUCACUAUGAUGCCACUCAAGAAAGCGUGAACUGCUUCCACCUGCACUGUCCAACACUGGAGAGCUGUAUUCUCAGCCACAGAGGAAACGUUGUUCUCUACAAUAUCACAAAGGGCAUAGAUCCCGACCUGUUGGUGUUUGGGAAAUACUUCGCCUCUAAUGUACGUGUGUUACCCCACCACUACAGUCGAGUUAACGUCUCAGAGCCGCUGCCUUCAGACAAACGCCAGUUUAUUCAUCCGCCUCCACCUGUUGCACUGCCCCCGACCUCAGCACAAACAGCGAAACCCCUUACGACAGCAAGCAGAGUGUUCACCACCACCACCACCACGACUACUAAAACCCCUCAGCCUUCAGCAGUUCCCACAGCUACAGCUGCCUUAUCCUCCACUCCUACAACUCCACUAGCUGCAGGAAACCAUGCACAAACAACAGCCCCAACCACCUCCACCACUUCACUUGUACCCAGCUUUACGACACCUCCAUCGUCCACCACAGCAACCAUCCUCGGCCCUUACAAUCCCAUGACCACUCCUGCCUUUCCUACCACUUCUGCACAGCCCUCCACAUCCCCUACCCACCGUCACCCCACCACCUUUACACACUUGGCCACCAGCCCUUCAACCUCUACAGCCAUUAUGGGCAACAUAGAGAGCAGCAAGCAAUACCCCAAUGACACCAAAGGCAGCCUGGAGAGGAACCACACUGCAGGCAGUGAGGAAGAACAGGGUGUCAACGGAGAGGACACCUUCGGGGCUUUGGGACCUGGGUGGCAAGUGGCCGCUCACACCUUGCUGGUUGCAGUGGCGAUCUGCAUCACAGUGCUGCUGAGCUGCUGUUGCUCCAUUCUGCUGGUUGUGAGCUGGAGGGGUCAGAGGAAGAGGAUGGGACGCUACCGAACAUCCUGGAGAGGGAAGAAAGGCUCCAUGCGUCUGAUAAAGUAUGUGCUGGUCAAAGAAAACAACUGAAAGUGUGUUGGAACUGACAUUAGUCGUAUGUUUACAGACAAGUUUCUAAUGGAGGAAUCCAGGAAGAUUUUUUUUCUUAAAUUAGAAUUUAUACUGUUGUAUUUUUGUAAAAUGAUAGUUUUUGCAUAUUAAUAGAAAGAAUGUUGCUUUAUAUUGCUUUGUCUUAAGCAGAUUAUGAUGAAAAUGUAGUUGCCAUAAACUGAUGAACUGACCUUAACAAUUCUGAAAACUUAAAAUGAACAGGCAGUUAUUUUAUGGCCUGGAUGUGGUUACCAAAUACGUACUUGCUAUGAUAUUGGUUUCAUAUGUGACGCGAUGACUUUCGACAGAAGAGCUGAACUCAGCCAAUGCAUUUGACCGCAGCAAUUUGCCUCAAGAAAGACGAUAUGAUAUCCAUUUGGUUGACCCACAUUUUGAUGUACUUCAGUUAGUUUAAACUUAUGUUGAUGCCAAACCUCAAAGACUUUAGCCAGUUGCCUACACUGGUCUUAACUGGGGCUUAAUGGACACUUCCAAGGAAAAAGAAAAACAGCUACAAUUCAGUGAUUGUUGAGCUCAUCAACAAUAUGAGAUGGACUUUUUUUGCCUUGUGGACUUCAGUGUUUAACCCUGCUGCAGUCCAGCACAUCUCCUCAGUGCAUUGGGUUUCUUCUGACCUAAAAGCACACGCACCACAGACAAAAACUCCUUGAGAUGGAUGAAGUACUUUUCUACAACCCGCUGCUGAAAGCAUCCUUUCACUGGGGUGCCACUCCUUGCCCUGAUAGUGCUGAGAGUGGGAUGGGAGCAGACUGAAAGGGGCUUUUAUUGUAUAAAAGCUUUACCCAUCAUGUGCAUGAACUUUGCACAACUUUCCAGCAGUUGUUAAACUUUUAUUUUUGUAUUAAAGACAGCAUCAUACAUUUGAUAUGACGGUAAAUUUACUGUGGAAAAUAAAUACAUCAGUUGAGGCCCUAGAGACUGUAAUAUCCUAAUGGAAACUGCAACAGUAAUUAUCUACAAUGAUCUCUUAUUUGUGUUACUGGUACAUACAGAGUCCAAAAUCACGAGUCCACAAGUAAUUAAAAAUGUCUGACCCUAUUACAUCUGCUCUUUGUCGCCA